AUGAUGCAGUCACCAUAUACCCUCCGCACUGGCAUCUAUCCCGAGAUCGACCCAGAUCGGCUCGCUGGCUCGUUGAUAGGAAAGAAUGCUCUGAUAACGGGUUCUGGCAGGGGUAUCGGGCGAGAGAUCGCCAUCGCAAUGGCGCAAGCGGGGGCUAACAUUUGCAUCACGGCACGAACAAGCAGUCAGGUGGAGGAAACGAAAGCCGAGAUUGUGGGCUUAGGCCUGAAGAGCAAGGUCGUUGGCAUCGUGGCCGAUGUGCUUAAACUGGAGGAUCAAGAACGCCUCGUUCGCGAAUUCCGUGAACAACUUGGCCCCGUCAACGUCUUGGUCUGCAAUGCCGGUAGCAAUAUCUUCCAGCCUUUUCACUUGACGGAUGCGACCGAGUGGUGGGACAUAAUGGAGCUGAACGUCCGGGCACCAGUUGAACUCACGCGACUCGUUCUCACCGAAAUGCGCGAGAGGAAUCAAGCCGUGAUAAUCUACACGUCAUCACGAGCUGCCACGGCAGAUCUCCCAUGGACCACGGCGUAUAACUGUGCCAAAACGUCCAUCACCAGAUUUGCGGGCACCCUGCAGGUCGAGCUAGAUCAAUUGCAGAAGAUCGAGAAGGGAGUGGAUAACAACAUAUCCGUCUUUAGCAUUCACCCCGGUGAGAUCGAGACCAAGCUACAUGAGACGGGGUUCCCGGAAAAGACAAAACGAGAGGCCCCCUACGUUAUCGAGCAUAUGGCAAAGAUAGGCGCUAAGAGACCUCAUUUUGAGGCUGCUUUGCCAGCGUGGACAUGCGUCUGGCUUAGCUCUGGGAAGGCUGCAGCUCUGAGGGGGAAGUUUGUGGAUUGCACCCGUGAUGUUGGCGAGCAGGCGAAAGCGGCCAGAGAAGCAGCUAAAAUAUAA